AGAACGUGUUCUACCGUCGUACGGUUCGCAUCGAGGUGUUUGACGCUUUAUCAGAGCAUUCUCAGGAUGUCCGGACGUGGCAAAGGAGGCAAGAUCAAGGGGAAGGCGAAGAGCCGCUCCAACCGAGCCGGAUUACAAUUUCCCGUGGGUCGUAUCCAUCGGUUGCUGAGGAAGGGAAAUUACGCCGAGCGCGUCGGCGCCGGUGCACCGGUCUACCUGGCUGCGGUUAUGGAGUAUCUUGCCGCUGAAGUACUGGAGUUGGCCGGCAACGCCGCCCGUGACAACAAGAAGACUAGGAUUAUUCCGAGACAUCUGCAGCUCGCUAUCCGCAAUGACGAGGAAUUGAACAAGCUCCUCUCUGGUGUCACCAUUGCCCAGGGUGGUGUGUUGCCGAACAUUCAGGCGGUGUUGUUGCCGAAAAAGACCGAGAAGAAGGCGUAAUCGUGAACCGAUUACGAGAUACGACAUGCAACAUGCAAUUUGUUGCUAGAAAUGACAAAUGGCCCUUUUCAGGGCCCCAAAUAUUCGUACGAUAGCACAAUCUCGUCUGUUUCGUGUACAUUUGUCCCUUACUUUUUAUCUCGCAAUAGUUUAUAAAAAAAUAUCAAUCAAUAUUGAAGCAGGAAAGAGCACUUGGAAGACUUGCUCGGGAAGUUCCAUCUUCUCAGUUCCGAGAUGAUAGAAAAGAGUUCGCAAGUUACGUUAAAAAUUGAAUCUGUAAGUUGUUGAAGGCAGUUUUACUUUGUGACCUAACCUAACUAAUAGUUAAAUUAAACGUCCAUCUUCGUCUAAUUUGAAGGAAAAACUAGCAAUAAGACAUUUGAUUUAACUCUAUGUUAAUUUACAAGAGAUUGAAACAACCCCGGCUCUAAAACUGUUAUGUAUAACCUAAAACGUAGAGGAAAUCGCCUAUUGUGAUAGAAUCCUAAUAAGAGAGCGGGAUUUCUACACUUUCUACUACAUCGAUACGCAUCAUCUGUUGGUUCCACUAUGAAUUUAUUGCCCUAGGAGUGAAAU